UCUCUCUGUCUCUCUCUGUCUCUGUCUCUGUCUCGGUCUUGUAUUGUCCACAUUGACCCUGAAGUUCUGGUUUCAAGUGAUUCUGGCCCUCCUGCCUCAGCCUCCUGAGAAGGCAGAACUACUGGCAGACACCAGUUUCCCUCUGGCACUAAAUAAGAACUGGAUCCAAAUUUCUACCACAGAGGGUCCAGCUGGCACUGCAACCCCAGCUGUAGCUCAGUGGCCCAUGCCAUGAGCCAUCCCACUUCUGAUCAGUCCCUCCCCAGACCACCCCCAGUACAGCUUUUAACCAUCAUGAACCCCUAUCUGUCAUCCCCCCAACCCCCCACAAUUGUGCUUCUCCAUUUUACCACAUCUCACCUGUUUAAGGCUUAUUGUUUAGUUUCCCACCAUGCUCCCCGAGAAUACUGUUCUCUAAGCAGACAGUGUGUCUUUUGUCUCUGGCCUGUGCCCAGGAUGUUGAUGGGCACUCAGUGAGGAUUGGUUGGUUGCUUGAAUGAAUGAAGGAGUGUUGGAGCCAGCAAAUGAAUGAACACACUAGCCCCUGACAAGGAGCCUUCACCCCACCUGCCUGGAAACCAACCUCUCCCCUGCCCUUUGUAGCCUUCCUUCCCUCCGUGGAGUGUGACGCUGGGCAUGCUGGGGACCAUGCAGAGGGCUGGGGCCGGAGCCCGCAGGGCCUCCGACUGCGGGCCUGCACCUUACCGGCCCAGGUGCAUUGCCAAGUUUGCCCAGUACGUGGGAUCCUUUCCUGUGGACGACUUGGACACACAGGAGGGUGUGUACCUUGUGCAGCAGCAGCUCUGGGCACUGCAGGACUGUUCCAGACGCCGUGCGGUCAUCCUGAAAUUCAGUCUCCAGGGUCUCAAGGUCUACAGUGGGGAGGGUGAGGUGCUCCUGAUGGCCCAUGCCCUGAAGCGCAUCCUCUACACCACCUGGUGCCCAGCCGCCUGUCAGUUUGCUUUUGUUGCCCGGAACCCGCGCAGCCCAGCCAGCAAGCGAUUCUGCCAUCUCUUUGUGGGGAGCCAGCCUGGAGAGGUCCAUAUCCUGUACCUGCUGCUCUGCCGCUCCUUCCAGCUUGCUUACCUCUCACAACACCCUGAGGAGAGGGCGCAGCCUGAGUCCUGCCUGGGGUCUGUGGGGGACGUGUCCCCAAAGCCACUCUGCAGCCCCGGGGCACCCCCUGCCCUAGUGCGAGAGCCCUUCAGCCGGGACCAGCUGUCACAGAACGUCCACGCCCUGGUUUCCUUCCGGCGAACUCCAGCGGGAGGGCUACUGGGCAGUAGUGGGAAGGAGAUGCCGGAGCCUGAGGGCCGUGGGGGCACCCGUCACACUCGCCUGGGGAACCCCUACUGCUCUCCCACACUGGUGCGCAAGAAGGCCAUUCGCAGCAAGCUGAUCCGCUCUGGGGCCUACCGAGGCUGCACCUAUGAGAUGCAGCUGCAGCUAUCAGCCCGGGAGGCCUUUCCAGCUGCAUGGGAGGCAUGGCCCCGCAGCCCUGGUGGUCCCUCGUGCCUGGUGGAGAAUGAGGGUAGUCUGACAGAGAACAUCUGGGCCUUUGCUGGCCUCUCCAGGUCCUGUGCUCUUGCCCUGCUGCGGAGAGAUGUGCAUGGGGCCUUCCUGUUGUGGCCAGAGCCAGGUACCAGUGACCAGUGGAGCCUGUCUGUGCGGACCCAGUGUGGCGUGGUGCCUCACCAGGUCUUCCGGAACCACCUGGGCCGGUACUGCCUAGAGCACCUGCCAGCAGAGUUCUCCAGCCUGGAGGCCCUGGUGGAAAGCCACGCCGGGAUGGAGCGCAGCCUCUUCUGCCCACUCAGCAUGGGCCGCCUCAACCCCACCUAUGAAGAGCAAGACUGUGGUCCUGAAGGCAGGCUGCCCCGGACUCUGCGGCCCCUCAGCCAUGCCAAGUCCGAGGCAGAACUGCAAGGCCUGGGCUAGGACGCAAGGCCUCAAUCCCCUGUGGGCCCAGCCUUGCCUUGGGCCCUGGUCUGCGGCAGUCACUCUGUCCUUCUUGCACCCCACUCACUGGUCACCAGCUUCAAACAGGUCACUCUGCCCCUCGAUCAGUCUUCCAUCACUUCACGCCCACGGGAGGGGAGCUCUGAGGUUGGAGAUGGAGAUACCAGGGCUUCUCGCAGGGCCUGGGGCCAGCUGAGAUAGCAGGAUGAGCAAGCAGGUAGAGCUAAGGGCCUGGCAACUCUAGGUGACUUUCGGUGGUGCCCGUUGCCAGGUUCCCACAGUCCUCCUAGUGCAGAGGCUUUCCCAGCAGUUCGUGGAUGUGGGCACAGCCCUUGCUGGAGGCAGCUAAGCCUCUGUUGGAGGGGAACCGCAGAGAGCUCCCAUAGGGAAGCAGAUGCUUAGGGAGUUGCCGGUUUGCCACCUCGGCUCUUUUCUGGGUGUCACUCCACCGAGUGGCCCCCCACAGUGAGCUAACUGCAGUUCUGGUCUUCUCAUCCGUUAGGCAGCCCCAUUUGCAAUGGAGAACUAGUACUAACCCAAACCCCACAGAGGAGGGUGUGGCUUUAUCAGGGGAGGGCCAGGACACAUUCUAGAGGAAGGCAGUGGCCCAGCCAGCAAUGACAAAUCCAAGUGUCCCUUAAGUCAACUCAGCAUAAUAUAUGAAUCUACCCAAAAGAUCAGACUUCUUAAUCAGGUGGUGGUGAUGCACACCUUUAAUCCCAGCACUUGGGGAGGCAGAGG